ACAUUGCUGAAAUCAGAUGUUUUCAACCAUUUUCAAUUUUUGAUAAGGUUUUUGAUGGGUAAGUUUUGUUUUUUGUUUAAAUUACCCAAUGUGUAAUGUUCCCUUUUUGGAUCUUAAUUCCUCCUCUUUGUUUUUUUUUUUUUUGUAGGCCGACCGUCAGGUCCCUGUUACGCCACCGCCCUCUGCGGCUUCUGAUUUUGUUUACUCUACCUUGCCAUACCCAGACUCCCUGGUGGAUUGACAUCGGGUCUUUUUGCCCCUUAUGCCGUCAGCCGCGCCACACUCCUCCGACAAUCGAGCGGGAGUACUACCGUGAUUAUGACAGGUUCGUCUUCGAUUCCCGGUCCCCUGUUGUUCGGGACUCCCUCCCCGACUCCUGGAUUGAUUGUCACCACGAGUCCUGGGAGGAUCACGCGACCUGGAGGAUCUGUUCGAUCUGCCGUUGCCGCCUUGAUCAUCCACCCCACAUGAUGCGUCUCCGGGGGGCAAGGGCAAUUGGAUCCGUAUUCCCGGUCACAAGUGCUAUCCAGCGACGAGCGACGCCGACUUGGUAUAGAAAAGGAAAAUCUCGUCUGUUGGUUUUGUCGUCUGUAUCUCCUCCUCCCCAAACUCGACUCUCCUUGAGGGACACACCCGGUCCGAUAAAUUAUGUUUCGGUUAUUAUUCGUUUUUUUUUUGGUGGGCAAGUGCCCUUUUCUUUAUUUAUUUCUUUGUCACAUACAUCGAUUUUACGUCUCCCUUGGGCAAGCGAAACAGUACGAGCCUUCUCGAGUGGAGGAGUCUCGUCUCCGCUUUUCUUGCCUGCCGGUUUACAUAUUUUUACUAACUAUAUUCUUAUACGAGUAUUAAUAGUUCUAGAGUUAUAAUCUUUGUUUGGCUUAUUUUAUACCUCAAGCGAGUAAGCGACGCGCGAAUUGGAUGAGUGCGGAUGUUAUUUUGUUUAUCUUUGCCCGUCUCCUAGUCGCUCGAUUUACACAAAUUCUUAAGUAUAGUUUUAGCCUAAUAUGUCUUAAAACGUACAUUCCUCUUGAUUUAUCCUAAAGCUUUCCUUGCACAUAUAAUCGAAUAGUUCGUACUUCUACAUAGUUUUAGUCUUAAUUCCUAGCAAGUUAGAAGCAUCUUUGUCAUGUAAAUUUUACAACCUAAGUUAUUUGUAGAUGAAUUAAUUUACGUCAGCUAGUGUUAUCCUAUGUGUACCUAAGAUCUCUAUAACUAGUUUUUUUUU